GGUUACUACACGCACCGCGGCGCCAUCGGCGAAACCGGGGAUUUUGUCACCUCACCUGAAAUAAGUCAGGUGUUUGGAGAGUUAAUAGGAAUAUGGUAUAUCAGUGAAUGGAUAGCAACAGGCAAACCUAAAGCGUUCCAGCUGGUGGAACUGGGCCCAGGGAGGGGCACUCUUACUGAUGAUAUAUUACGGGUCUUCAACCAGCUUGCCUCUUUACUUAGUAAAUCUGAUGUCUCUAUUCAUCUGGUAGAAGUGAGUCCCAAACUCAGUGAGACCCAAGCGCUGAUGCUGACAGGAGGGAAGGUGCAGUCAAACCCCGAGGACAUGUCUGCUUACAUGAAAGGUGUUAGCAAGACUGGAAUUCCUAUUUUCUGGUAUAGAGACAUUCAAGAUGUACCACCAGGUUACAGCUUUUACUUAGCACAUGAAUUUUUUGAUGCCCUGCCAAUACAUAAGUUUCAGAGAACAGAGAAAGGCUGGCGUGAGGUCUUGGUUGAUAUAGAUCCAGAAGUUCCUGACCAGCUGCGGUUUGUCCUGUCACCAUCCAGUACCCCUGCAACAGAAAACUUUAUUCAGCCUGAAGAAAGGAGAGAUCAUGUGGAAGUGUGUCCCGAGGCUGGGGUCAUCAUUCAGAGGCUUGCCUGUCGUAUAGAAAAGGAUGGCGGGGCUGCGCUGGUUGCUGAUUAUGGCCAUGAUGGAACCAAAACUGACACUUUCCGGGGUUUCCAGAAUCACAAACUUCAUGAUGUGCUGAGAGCUCCAGGUACAGCAGACCUGACAGCAGAUGUUGAUUUCAGCUAUCUUCGAAAGAUGGCCCAGGGAAGAACAGCCACACUAGGCCCCAUAAAACAGCGGGAAUUUUUAAAGAACAUGGGCAUUGACCUCCGAUUGCAGGUGCUCUUGCAGAAUUCAUGUGACACAGCCACUCGUGAGCAGUUACUUCACAGCUAUGAUAUGCUGAUGAAUCCCAAGAAGAUGGGGGACUGUUUUAACUUCUUUGCCCUGCUGCCUCACCACAGACUUGUCCAUCCUGACAAGAAACAUAAGCCAGAAUCAAAGUCUCCCUUACCACCUGUUGCUGGAUUUGGUGAGCUUUUACUGAAGUAAUUCUAAGUACUA